GUGCACUUUGUGUGUCACAAUUUGAAUGUAGGAUGCCCCAAAAUAUUCAAACUGCAUGGUAUCUAUGCACUGCUCAAUAAAUAAAGUUUUUCUAGUUUGUUGCCACACAUUCCCCCAUAUGUUUAUAGGACAGACUUUUGCAUACAAAUGUGUCUAAAAUAAUGAUUAAUUUUGUUAAUCCUACUGCUGACAGUGGCCUUGUGUUAUAGUGUUGUACAUGUAGAAAACUUCAAAGUUUAAGGAGAUGGGUACCCUUGCUGACGACUUGGAACAAGAACUUCGAAGCCUUGGGGUCAGAGAAGACUUGGGAAGUGAUGAAAGUGAUAUCACUCCCACCAACAGUCCCCCAGACCCUGAAACCUUCUUCAAGCCCUUCAAUCAAGCUGAUGGAACUAGUUAUCCAUCAAGUAAAACUUCUGGAUUUUGGGAAGAUGCUAGUCUAGGAAGGUUCUCACAAAUGAGUAACUACAGCUCCAGUUCAGAUUCCUCACUGUCAUGGGGUGAAGAUAAUUUUGAAUAUGAAGCCACACGUCAAGUUACUGUACUGUUUGAGCAAUUAGAUGACCUACUCUUCUCAGAUUUGAACCAAUUUCCAAACUAUCCUAUUGUACCUCUGCAACAAAAGGCCAAAGGUAGUAACAGCAUUCACCAUGAGAAAGCAAGAGCUAAAAAAAGUCCAAUUAAAGUAUCAUUCAUAAAAAAUUGGAAACAAAAAGGAGCUAAGAAUAUCAAAGAUUUGCCUGCUAGAAAGAAAAAUAGAACACAACCUCAAAAGUUGCAGCACAAUGAUGAUGGAAGCUGCAGUGGAUCAGACUCCAGCAAUGAAGUUGUGUGGGAAACAUUAUCUAAGCCUAAGAAAGAUAUAUCCAAUGGAAAGAAGUCUAGGAAGCUAAAGAAUGAAAUUUUUGUCCAAAAACAGCAAAAACAACAGCAGAAAUCUCUCAGAAAGAAGCUUUCAACCAUUUCUGAACUUGGAGCUCACUCAAAAAAAUCUCUGUCAGAUGAAGCCCUCAACGUCUCAUCCUUGAAGCUGCCCAAAACAGUGCGGCGCUACAGUGACAGUGAUGGAGAGGACACAGCAGGUGUCAAGCAGAGUCUUGUUGAUGCCAAUUUGAUUGGCAAUGGGAACCAAAUUAAAAAAUUAUCUGUGCAAAUGGAGGCUGCCAGACGAAAUGAUGAAUCUUCAAAGACUGCCAAAGUUGAGGCUGAUGGUGCAACCAUCAGUACAGCAUCAAGUGGAUCAAACCUCCGAGGCGGCAUUUAUGCUAUGGGCUUCACUGCACCCCAGGGAGUCCAAGUAACAUCCCCUAUGCUGCUGAAUACUCCAGCCACCCCUCCUGGUGUUCCUCUAAACCCAACACCACUCAUGAUUGAAGAAAGCUCUUAUUGGUCUUCCAGGUUUCCCUAUUUAAGGGUCACUGGUAGAGCAAUUGAUCCUUUGAAGCUAAAACUCCUGGAAUCUUUUGCCUUUGCUGAUAAUUCUACACUGCCUAAUGGCUCAUCUCUUGGACUUGAGGUUCAAAACUCCAUUAGUGAAGAAGAGAGUUUGACCAACAAUGGUGAAGAAAUUAUUGCAGAAGAUGGCCAUUACGACCCUGAUGUUGGAUAUCUAUGUCUUACUGGUUCCUAUUUGCCCUAUUCUUUUCCGUCACGCAAAGCAUCUUAUGAUGCACGUUCUUCUAAUAGGCAAGAUUCCAUGCAAACUCCCAUUCCUGAUACUCAACAACAACUUGACAACCGCACCAAAAAUAUAACUGAUAGAAGCAUUUCCAACGAUCCUUCCUGUGUCAAUACUGAUCCUUCAAAAAACAAUGGUUCCACUAGCAAAAAAUCCUCAUUGGAAAAACGGCAAGUGUGGAGCGGAUCCCAGGAUCCAGUGAUCCUGAAGGAGCAGGUUCUCCUGACGCUGUUUGACAGCAUGUGGCCACAAGUGAUCAACGUCGUAGGUGGGCUUGUGCACCGCUAUUCUUGUCAUCUGCUGGCCAGCGUUGCUGCGCUCAGCAACCCAGGAUCCAGGGAAACCACUAGCCGAGGGUCGAGAAUAGAUUCGUCUUCAACGAUGAGCGAGAUGGAGGUAUGGCGCCGGCUAGACUCCGCAUCUAUUUUCUCACGGCGGUCGUCUAUGCAGAAUUCUCUGUACAGCGCAUCGCGUGAGCCAAGUGCCCUUGCCAGAUCCCUGCCCCACAGCGCUGACCAACGAAGCCUCCUCUUCAGACGGUCCAAGCUCAGCACUGAAGCUCGCGACUUUGAUAUACAAGAAGAAGCGCGUGCAGGCUGCGCCUACGAUGAGAAUGGGGCCUGUCUUCUACGUUCAGCGUCGUCUGGUGGUCGGAGCAGACUUAGCACUGCUAAAGCUCUCAUGCAGAUUCAGCGGUCGCCUCUCUCGCCUGCGUGCUCCAAUGAAGCCAACGUCGUCUCGCUGCCUUCACUGGAUAUCCCUUCACAGCGUCCUCAGUCUUCCGUGUCUUCGUUAUCGUCGCUCUCCACCACGAGGCUCUCGGCCUCCUCCAGGUCCAAAUUUAGCCUUUUGACGCUGGACGUUGAGAGGGGGAGCUCCCUCAGCGCUAGUAGUAGGAGCGACGAUCUCUCCCUCAGGUCCCCCGGGGUGUCUUUUGCAACGUCUCCCCACUGGCCACGUCCUUUGGAGGGCCUUUUUUUGCCUCCCAUUAGCUCCCCUGGCUCCCCAUCCAUUGCAGCCUCCACUUCCGAUCUCGAAGCCUCCAAGGACCUUUCAGCUCAGAAACGAGUUUUUGGUGGUUCAAGUCGCCCUUUGACUAGGAGGAAUUCAGACACAAUGACCAAAAUCAAGGACUGGCACGAAGUUUAUUCUUCGGAGACAGUAAAUACACCGAUUAAAAAUGCACGAAGAAGUGCAGAUUCUGUUCAUAAAAUUAGGAAAAGUGGCUCCAAGGUCGGCCUCCACAGCGCCGAAGUGCAAAGCGUUGUCAGAGAUCAGUCCAACCCUCAGCAUUUGCGUAAUCAGAAAACUCCGACCUCUUCUUCCCUCCCUGGUCAUGGAAGGAACUUGAAGCAAAGUGUCAUCAACUAUGAUACCAAGCCUCGGCACAUUACCAGGACUAAGCAUCCUCUUCCUGCUCCUAAUCCUCGUGAUAAAUCCUAUACCGACCGCAGAAGUCGAUCUCAAGGCAGGAAGAAACCUAGCAAGGGCAACUCCUCGGGCGGGUCGCGGUCCGUUGCUGAUCUAACUAGUCUCAAAGACGACAACGUGCAGCAGUCAAGCGCUGGUUAUCAUAAGAAAAGUAUGUUAUCCACUGUCCGAUUGCAUCAUAUUGAACAAAUUCCCUAUAACAAAACUCAAGAUUUGCGAAAACGUCACGAGACUCGCCAAGUACAAGCGAGUAAGUCUGCUCAAACGCCGACUCGUGACAGAAAUGUGCACGAGUUGAAAAAGCCACGGAGUGCUGGAAAUCGACUGGGUGUGGAAGCUCCAGAAGCUCCUCCAAGUACACGAAGCAAAUUAUCUGCAGAGAAAUCAGCGGUGUUCCGCUUUGGUGACUACCACGAUCCUGUUAAUGAAGACGCUGCCAACACUAAGAUGAACUGAAAGAAGAUUUUGGCUUGUUGCUGUAGAAUGUAGAUCCUUGCGCCGACCCGGAACCUUAUGGCCCGUCAUGAUGUAAGAAGAUGCAUCCGUGGCAGACAUUCGUACGAUGAUAUCGCAACGUGCGCAAAGACGCUUACUUUAACAGCGUCUUAAUGCUAGACUCUCCGCAUCGCGGAGGGUUCAGUUACAAAUUCCUUCAAG